CCUCCUCUGGGGUCUCCACCAUUUACCCGGGAGGAGAGAUCAAAGCGAUCCAGCAAGGGGAGUGGAGGAGGACGGGGGCGCUGUUUGGGAUUAGCUGCUGUAGUAAUAGGCACAUCUCUCACAUGAUGUCAUAUAGCUGCCAAGAAGUGGCUUUAUUCAAGUGAACUUUUCCUAAUGAGAAAUGCGUUGAGAGGCUGCGCAUGAACAGAACAAUUCUAGUAGGAAAGAAGAGUUCCUGUGCUCUCAUUAAAGGGAAAACAUAGAGAUAAUUCUUGAAGCCCUUAAAGCAGGAUUUAUUAUUUCCAUCUGAUGGAGUGCUCCAAAACGUUGCAACCUGCCUUAUCUUGUGGACCUGGCACUGCAGCAGAUGUGCCCUCUUACUCGUAUGUGAUAUGGGAACUGUCCCAGUGACCACAGAGCGGAAGGGGGGAACACAGCUCUGACAAUAAAUACCUUUCCCCCCAGGUCACUGGCACCCUGUUACUUUCUGACAUAUGUAAAAUAAAGUGUCUAGAACAGAACUCCUGAUGUGGAUAGCGUUCGUGUAAAUGGAGAACAGCUUUCUCUGCCUUUUUUAAAAGGAAAUAAAUUGUGGGACCUGUGAAUAUAUACUUAAGAAGAACUCAGGACAUGACUUUGUAGCCUGUUUGGCGAUGGGUCGGGAGAAUGAACUGAUCCAGGCUGUCAAGAGUGGAGAUGUUGUCACUGUUCAGAAACUGCUUGCAAAAGUUCGGACUUCAAAAAACAAACUCCUCGGAUCAACCAAGAGAUUGAAUGUAAAUUAUCAGGAUGGUGAUGGAUUUUCCGCUCUGCACCAUGCUGCCCUCAGCGGGAACUGUGAGCUUCUGCUGCUGCUGCUGGAAACACAGGCAGCUGUGGAUAUCAAGGACGGCAAUGGAAUGCGCCCCUUACACUAUGCUGCAUGGCAAGGUCAGCCAGAGCCUGUGCGACUCCUGCUCCGAGCUGCUGCAAGUGUCAAUGCUGCGUCCAAUGAUGGCCAGAUCCCCCUGCACUUGGCUGCACAGUACGGGCACUAUGAGGUGUCAGAAACCCUGUUGCAGCACCAGUCAAACCCAUGCCAUGUCAACAAAGCCAGGAAAACUCCUCUGGAUCUGGCCUGUGAAUUUGGGAGAGUGAAGGUGGUGCAGUUGCUGCUGAAUAGCCACCUGUGUGUCUCUCUUUUGGAAGGGGUUACAAAAGACCCCACAGAUCCCAAUUUCACCACACCUUUGCACUUGGCUGCAAAAAAUGGUCACCGAGAGGUCCUGGGGCUACUCCUGAAAUCUGGUAUAGAGAUUAACAAAGUGACAAAGAUGGGUACUGCCUUACACGAGGCAUCUCUGUGUGGGAAGACCGAGGUUGUGAAGCUGCUAAUAGAGAACGGUGUAGAUGUAAAUAUUCGGAACACAUACAAUCAGACUGCGCUGGAUAUUGUCAACCAGUUCACUACCACCCAUGCCAGCACAGACAUCAAACAGCUUCUCAGAGAGGCUUCUGGGAUUCUUAAAGUUCGAGCUUUAAAGGAUUUCUGGAACACCCAUGAUCCGACUGCUCUGAAUGUCCGAGCUGGGGACCUGAUAACAGUGUUGGAACAACAUCCAGAUGGCCGUUGGAAAGGUCAUAUCCACGAUGCACAGAAAGGCACUGACAGAGUGGGCUUCUUUCCUCCAGCAAUUGUAGAGGUCAUCAGUAAAAGACUUGGCUCCACGCUCUCCCGUAAUACCACAAUACCUUCUCAUCAGCGUUCUGUAAAGCCGCCACUACAUCUACCCCACCAAUACAACACAGUCCCCGGUGUGGGCAAUACCACAGAGUACAUUGGAGCUGGUGACCGUCACAGUGUGGGCAGCGAGGGGAGUCUAGGCAGUGUGCGCAGUGCUGGAAGUGGCCAGAGCUACGAGGGGAAUGGUUUUAGUUCUGCUGUGCUCAUAGAGAAUGCUCAGAAUCUACAUGUUGGAUAUGGUGACCAUCACAGCAGAAUAUCAUUUGGUACUGUGCCCGGUCAUACGAUGCCUACAGGCCAUGCAGUGGAGAAAGACCCAGGAGCGCAUCUGCAAGGAAAGGAUGCAGAACUCAUCUAUUGCUGGCUUCGUAGUUUCCAGCUGGACAUGUACGUUGGAAACUUUUUAUCUGCAGGCUACGACCUUUCCACAAUCAGUCGCAUGACCCCAGAGGACCUGACAGCCAUUGGGGUGACAAAACCUGGGCACAGGAAGAAAAUUUCCACUGAGAUCAGCAAGCUGAGUGUGGCAGAUGGACUUCCUCAUAAAACACCUGCAGACGUGUGGGAUUGGUUAACUCACCUGGGCCUUCCCGAGUACCACAAACAACUAUCGGAGAAUGGAUAUGAAUCUCUGAGCAAUGUGACUGAACUUACCUGGGAGGACCUGCAAGAGAUAGGAAUUCACAAAUUAGGACACCAGAAGAAGUUACUCCUGGGUGUGAAACGUUUGCUAGAUCUCCAGAAAGGAUACACAGUAGGUGGCACCUUGAGAUCCAGGAUACCUUAUUCCCGGACUACUGCCCCUGUUGCUGAGCCUCUGGAGAAUGGAGAACCACCGGUUACACCUAAACUACAGACAUUUCAGAAUGUGGAAUUGAGCCGGGAACUGCAGCGUGCGCUAACUCAUGGAGGGGAAUCGCUGUGUGCAGAAAGGCGCUCAUACAGUCAGGAGAGUAUUAGUUCUCGCUCACAGGGUUCUGGUAACUCUCAAGACUCUGCAACUUCCCGCACACCACUGCUCCCUAACCUUCAAGUGUUAGAAUCAAAUAGUUUACCAGAGAGGAAUUUGCCUGAGGGGAUGGACCAAUCUCAGUGGCUUAUUGGGGUCCAAAAUGGUUGUUUAGUCCGUUCAGAGCCACCGGUACCACCUCCAAAACCCUCUAUUAAAAAGCGCUCACUAAGUGUGUGCCGCUAUGCAUUGUCAGAUGGAGAGCCGGAGGAGGAGGAGGAGAAAGGUGCUACAUCAGGCACCGGAACGUUGGGGUCUUAUGCUACAUUAACCCGCCGUCCAGGUCGUAGCUCCCUGGCAAAUGGACAGCCUGAUAAGAAAGUCCAGCGGAGUCAAUCGUUUGCUGUAAGAGCACGCAGAAAAGGACCACCUCCUCCACCUCCUAAGAGACUAAGCUCUAUGUCUAGUGUAGAUGGCUCAGCUGGGGGGCACAGCUUGGUGAAAAGCAUUGCAGCACAGCUGGAGGGUGGGUCAGAGUUAAGGCCAUCUGAGUUUUGCAAAAAAGAGGUCUUAGAUAGUCCUGGUGGUCGAAGAAGGACCGUAAGUGAGUCUGCCGCUGGGGUGGGAGGGAGAUUAUCUGUGCCACUUGCAGUGAAACAGGAAGAUGAGAAAAAAGAGGAAACGAUCUCUUCACAACACAGUUCCAGUGAGAGCAUUCCUUUUGCAGAGGAAGGAAACCUUACCAUCAAACAAAGGCCCAAACAACCAGCAUCCAAACAAGAAUCUGGGGCAACACCAGAAGUGUUAACUACAGAACCACAAAUGUACGUGAACUCAGAGGCCAGAUCAGAGACUCAGAUCUUUCCAGUAACGAAAAAGCAGCCAUGUGCGAGCCCUGAGGCCCAACUUUUUUCACAGCCUGCAGCACGACCACAAAUAGGAGCCAAACCCCAACUAAGCCCAAAGCCAAACACAGAGGCUAAACAGCCACCUGGGACUCCUGAUUCUAAAGUUAAUGUGGAGCCUGAAUUCAAUCUCACCGAGUCCGACACAGUGAAGAGAAGGCCUAAGGUCAAAGACAAAGAUGCAUGUGGUCUGUAUGAGGAGAACCAAAAGACCCCAGUUACACCUGUGUCAACAGAUACAAUCACAUUGAAUGGUCCACAAGUACAAGAAACUGUUGUUGCCAGAAUAGCGAAGCUUGAGAGAGGAGGGAAUUACGAAGCGAUAUCGGGAGAGAAAGCUGAGAGAGCAGGCUAUCAGACUCACUUGGUGAUAUCCGGGCCAGAAUUAGUGUUACAAAAGCCAUCAUGGGGGAAAGGUGGUCCUGCCGCUAGUGCAAAACCGACGUUAUGGAGGAACGAGCCUUGCGCUGUCAUUAGAGAAUGGAACAUACUGCCUCCACAGAGCAACGAAAACUCGCAACUUGGACAGUUGAUGUAUGCAAACUCCCAACCGAAAACCGAAGACAAGCAAGUGCUGAGGGAAGAAAGUAUCAGCAGUGAGACUGCGCCACUGACCAAGAACAUCCUAGAUGACAUCAGUACAAUGUUUGAUGACCUUGCUGAGCAGUUGGAAGCCAUGUUGGAUUGAGGAUGCCUGCUCACUUGUUUUUUUGGCACUUUAGCUGGGACUGCAUGACAGCACAGCUCCACUAACAUUAAACUGGGCAUCCUAAAUUUACAGGUGUGACUCCACCUAUUGCACACUAGUUACGGUCAUGAAUUUUGCUGUGAUUAUAUUGGAACUCUUGUGCAGCAGCCACACUGCGUUAUCCCGAUCAUAAUGGCUUGAGCAGAAGAGAGGCUCAUACAGCUCUGAAUUUCCCUGAUGUGCUGAUGACCGGUGAUUAAAGAGCGGAACCAUCUGAAAGAACUAUGUAUCUUCUAUAAUGCUCCUCACCCAAGCUUGUGUGUAUACUGCCACACCCAUUUCAGCCUCAUUAAACUGCAUUACCCUCUCAUUCUUAAAAUGAAA